GAAAUGGAAAGAACGGAAGAACUGUUUGUUUACCUGUUCAGUAUCGUAGUUUUUGCUGUUGGGUUAACGUCUAAAUGAUGUUAUUUAUAAUAAUUGCGAGGAAAACACCGUAAAUUAAUUUAAUAUGAAAUAAACUAAUAAGUGUAUCUAUUUAAUUUUUUUUUAUACAUAAUUAUACGCGCGGCAACAUGUGUGACCAAAACGGGAAAAAUAUAACGAGCGAUAACUUUUUCAAUAACGAUAAUUUUAAAAGUUGCUUUGCGCGAAGUGUUGUUGUGAAUUCCCAAUACAAACAGACAAAACUACAAGAGCCCGAUGAGGAUUGUACAUUAAUUGAAAACAUACAUAUUAACCAGGUUCCUGUUAUAAGUAUUGCCCAAGAAGCGCCGGUUAGAUAUAGAAAGAAUAGCAAAAGUCUGAACGUGGACGAAUCGAGACGAUUCUCUUGCGGCAGUAUCGUGUCAAGGAGACUGUCGAUGAGCGGCCUUAGGAGAAAUGAAAUUCCAGUGGAAAACAUUUACAGUCAGAAUAAAAUAGAUACUUUGCAAUGGCAAUUAAAAGAGAUUGACAAAAGUCGUGAAAUGUAUAAGGCAGUUAUGAAGCAAGUAGUAACUUUUUUGGAGAAAGCCCAUAUAAGCUUAGGAACGUUAGGCAGUCGUUUAAAUAGGAAAAAUACAGUGCCAAGAUCAAAAAGCGAACAUCAUAUCGUUAUCGACAACAACACUCAAAGCCAAAGAUCACUAAUAGAGGAACAUCUUAACACCUGGAACAACAACAAAAAGGAUGUUUCACCGGACGAGAUACCCCCAGAAAAACUCGCCCAAGAAGCCUUCCGUUUAUUGCGCACCGCCCAAUCUCUUCUCAGCACCCAAGAGCCCAACUUGACGGUUUCAGAAAACGGCGACAGUUCCGACGGACCAACCGACAUUGAGUUUCUUGCCCAGCUUGCCAAAGAGUUUCCCAGCGAUUCCCAGAAGCAACCGCAACGAGCCACCAGUUUCAGCUUGACUCCCAAGCUAAUAUUACCCGAGCACGAUAUCCGCAUUGGGACGGCCUUUAAUCGAAAACUGUCUCUGCAAUUGAACGACGUGAAGAGAACCUCGCCAGGAAAAUAUUCUCGAUGCGACUCGGCCAGAGGAUCGGUGGCCGAAAGUGAAUCGUUUUCUCUGUCUGGCGUCGAACGAUUGGAAAAAUCUGCCGGCGCUGAAGAUCCUAUGAGAGAAAUGGUGGAUUUUUUAGAGACGAGGAGCAAAAAUGGAGACAAAUCCUCCAGUUCCCCACCUGCUGGAAGUAUUAGUUCGAUGGAAGACGAGAGUGGUUUUUCUUCUAUGACUUCGUUCCAAGAUGUUGGUUUACCGUUGGUGAAUUCCACUGCCAUAGAUGAGGUUUCUCCAAGAAGCAUCUUCUUGAAAAGCAUCCUCCACGAAUCUGAUGAAAGCAGCGUUCAUUCUGAGAGGACCCUGUUGGCCUCACCCUCUCCUGAUGUUGAUUUGCAGAAGAGAAGUGAGUACAUCAACGCGAAAGAAGUGACCAAUCAUGACGUCAAGCUCUGGCAGAAACCUUCUCAGGAUCCAAUAAGAAAAAAUGCGUCGGCUAACUCUCUACCUAGCCAUAAGAGAUGGCACUCUAAUCCAGUUCAAACAGAACCCAGCGAGCACUCUUUGAAAGUUCUUUGGGUUUAAAUUUUUCGAGUAUUGCCUAAUUUUUUUUUGGGAGUAUUAUUUUUUUUUGGAUGUUGUAAUUCUUAAAAUAUUUUUUGGAGAUUAAAUUUCUGUUGUAUUGAUUUGUAUUAUAUAAAGAAUUUUGGCUUAAGUUAUAAUGGUAGAUUAAGGCUUUUGCCUAUUAACUUUUAUGUAAGUUUUGCUAUAAUUUUGAAAAUGACUGUAUUUAUUUUUGCUUUUCUGGCUAUGCCGUUAAAUAAAUUGGAAUCCCAGUAUUCUAAAUUGAUUUGAAUAAACUUUCGUUUAAUAAG